CGUGUUCAGCUGUUUAAACUGUGUUUCCUGUGUUUGUUAGCAGUAGUUUGGUUCAGCUCCGGGUCUCUUCACCAGCACAGGACCUUAGCUAGCUGCACGUUAGCUAACAGGAACGGUGCUGCCUCUCCCACGCUCUCUGUUAGCGUUGAGUUAGGAGGUCCUCUGUUACCGUGGAGACCGCUGUUACCAGGGAGGACCACACUAAGGUCGCCAUGGCGAACAAGACGGAGCUCGAAGCCUCAGACCAAACCUCUCCUGAUGAAGAACUCACAAAGCCCGCUGGCCGUCGUCCCCGCCGCAGAGCCGCUGCCACCACCCUAGGUAGACGGGGUCAGAGAGGAAAGAGGCGGGGCCCCGGCGAUAAAAGGUGGGGUCUGAAGGAGAAGAAGCGGGGCCAGGAAGAGAAGAAGGAGGGCGUGACGGUGAAGAGGACUUGCAGCGAUGGGAAGCGGCGGUGGGAUAAGAAGCAUUACUGCGUGUUCUGUCGGCGACCACAAGUGAAGAUCGCUCGUCACCUUCUGAGGAAACACGGCGACCAACAGGAAGUGGUGGCCGCGAGCAAGCUGCUGACGGGCUCCAAACAACGGCACCUGCUGUUGGAGCAUUUACGCUGCAGGGGCAACUACAUGCACAACAUUGAGGUGAUCAGACAGGGCACCGGAGAGAUCGUCCCGUGGCGUCAGCCCUCAGAGGAAGUUGAUGCGAGGAACUACCUUCCCUGCCCACUCUGCCUCGGUUUUUUCCUUCGCGCUGAUCUCUGGAAACAUCAGGCCUCCUGUCGUAAGAAGAUGACCUCUGACCCCGCUGCAGAGACGACCUCUGACCCCGUGAAGGACACGUCCUCUGACACCACGGGUAAGUUGGCUGGUGAUCCAGCAGACAUCAGGACUGACAAAUCCACAGAGGACACGCCUUCUGACCCCUCAGGAGACACAACAGAGCAGACCAGGACCAACCGGCCCGUGACCUCUGACCCCAGUGUAGAUCAGAACGUGACCUCUGAUCCUGAGGCGGACCGGCCCAGGAAGCGCAGCAGGGUCCAGGCUGCAGCGUCCCGCCUCCUUCCCAUUUCGAGCGGAGCGUCUGAGAGCUGCAGCGAAGUCCUGCAUCGCAUGAACCAGGACCAGGUCUCGCACCAGGUAAAAUCUGAUUGGUUGAUCUGUAAAUACGGAAACAAGUUGAUGGGGAACCAAGAUGGCAGCCAGAGGAGGUACGACUACGUCAGUCAGAAGCUGAGGGAGCUCGGCAGGUUCCUCCUCGCUGCUAAAUCUUUGGACUCUGGUGUCCAGACCCUCCAGGACAUCCUGGCUCCGGGGCGCCUCAGCCUGGCGCUGACCGCUGCCAGAAAGGCGUCUGGAUACCGGUGGAGCCGGCCUCCACUGGCGGUGAAGACCACGCUGAAGACGGUUUGUGAAAUUGCCAUCGGAGAGAGUCUGCAGGACGGAGACUGGGAGGCUGCAGCCAAGACCACCGACUUCUACCACCUGCUGGGGAAGGAGUGGGACAACCUGGGACUGCUGAACCCCGACCCCGACACAGCUAAACUGAAGAAACCAAGAAGUGCAAAGUGUGACGAGCAGUCUGACACAAGACCAGAGGGGUCCACUACAUGGUUCUGUUUGACGUCUCUCUACCUGUCUGUAGUUCCAUCACAGAGCAGUAACCGACCGGUGACCUCCAUGAUUCCUCCAGAGUCCAGGCUGCAGACACCUGCCACAGUCCCUGUGGCUCCCAGGAAGGUCCGACGUCGCCCAUGGUCGUCUGCAGAGAAGGAAGCGGUCUGGAGACAGUUGGGAGUCCACGUGCUUGUCCAGUCAGUACCGGGGAAGGAGGUCUGUCAGCGCUGUCUGGACCUGGAGCCUGUCCUCAGAGGGCGACACUGGAAAGACAUCAAGAACCAGGUCCACAACCAGAUCCAGAGCCAAAAGAAGCAGCAGUUCCAUGCCCAGAUGGACCUUCAGGAGAACCAGGACCAACAACCAGACCAAAUCCAAAACCAGAAGAAGCAGCAGCAGCAGUACCAGGCCCAAAUGGAUCACCAGGACCAGGACAACAUUCAGAACCAGAAGAAACAUCAGUACCAUACCCAGUUGGAACACGAGAACCACGUUCAAAUUCACAAAAAACAGCUGUGCCAUGCUAGACUGGACCACCAGGACCACCUUCAGAUCCAUAAAAAACAGCUGUACCAGAUGGGCGAGCAGACCCAGGGUCUGCAGACCGCCCUGGAUCGGGACACUUCUAUGCUGACGGGUACACCUUAUCGAGCCCCUGGACAGUCCCUGCUGGAGCGGGACCCCACAUAUCUUCCACACAGGACUCUGGGGCCUCACAUGGACCAGCUGCUGUCCAGGACAGAGUGGGCUGACGAGUCUUUGGCACAGCAUUACUCCGUCAGCAGGCAACUGGAAAGGAACCUGCUCCAGGACGCAACCCAGGGACAGCCGCCCAACCCUCACUCUGGACAUGUCCUCUUCUGAUGGACACUGAGCACUGAUAACGAAGCAUAAGGCCUUUAAAGUGUUUUUCUACUAAUGGGGACAAUUUCUUUAUUGGUCCAGUAUUGAGCGAGAGCGCUGCAGCGUAAUCCUGUCGGGCUAAAGCUUUUAUUCCUCUGUAGGUCGUCAGACACGGAGAAUAACAAUCUGAGCUCUCGGAACACUUUUAGUGGACGUUGAUGAAGUCUUACACUGCAGCGCUCUCUCUCAAUACUCGUCCCCAUAAGUCACUUAGAAAACACGGUCCAGGCUGGAGAAUACCAGUUCCCCUUUAAGUCCUCCACUACAAAAACUAAACAACCCGUAAUUUAAAUGUGUUUUAUUUAUUUAGCCAUACUGAUAUUUAAAAGUCACCACAUGUAAAAGUAUAUCGAUAUUAUCUCCACUCUUUCCAUUACUGUCUGUCCCACAGCUGAACUCGGUACCAGUGUUUGUCCCGGUGGAGUGUGUAACCACGUGUGUCUGAAACGUUCUGGUUAGUUCCUGUAGUGGAAAAUAUGCUCAACAAUUAACCAUAUCUUUUUUUAAAUUGCAAUAUGGACUCGUGCAAUAUCCAAAUUGCUAAAUAUCUGAAUUAAGUAUUGUGUUCUAUCUUUGUUUGGUACAGAUCCUUUUUUUUCAAUGGAAAUAAUGAUGCAAAAAUGUUGUGAAUCAUAUUCCGAUAUCAGUCAAGACAAAAAACAAAUGUCCGAUAUGUGUAA